GCCUCUCUUGGUUUGGCAGGAAGUUGCAGGCACUGAUAGUUUCGAUCUGUCUCACUCCUUCUGUGAGUCCCGUGUUGGAGUGGGAGGCCUUUUCUGGGUCUCUAGACUGGGAGGCUUUUCAGGACACGGGGAUUUUGCCAUGGGGACGUAGAUCGCAGGAGCAUGGCCCCGCUGGAGCCCUCAGUGGGCUUGGUUAUUAUGCUCAUUCUAACCUCUGCCUGGGCAUGGGGUGAAGAAUCCUCGAAAUUACCCCCAGACACCCCACAAACCCAUGGGAAAACACUGAGCAGAAGAAGCCUCAACUACCCCUUGGGGAAAGAGAAGGAGCCAGAGUGUGACAUUGGAGAAUACCUACACCCCAAUAAGACCCACUGCUGCAUGCGGUGUCACGCAGGCACCUACUUGGUAGGUCACUGUCGGAGCCGUAAGGAGGUGCCUGACUGCAAAGUAUGCCCCAAUGGUACAUACACAGAUGUACAUAACACUGUGCCCAAAUGCUUCCGGUGCAGUCAGUGUGGUCCAAAGAACCAGAUAACAGUGUCUGAGUGCACCGCAAAGCGGAACACGGUGUGUGGCUGUCGGGACAAAGAAUAUCUGUCUGGACCUUCAUGUAGGAAGUGCAGCUCAUGUCCUAACGGAACCAUCGUGCAACAAUGUGAGAAAGACAGAGACUCCAUCUGUCACUGUCACAACGGAUUUUUCCUGGAAAGAAACAACUGUUACCCUUGUAACAGCUGCAAUACAGAGACGUGCCGGGAGUCUUGUGAGAAAGCAAUUCGAGUGCAUACAGUAGUUUCCCCAGAGGCAGAUCUCAUCAUCUGCCUCAUCAGCCUUGUUGUUGCGUUCGGAAUUGGCAUUCCUCUGCUGUUGCUUGCAGUUAAAUGGAUCAGGCGUAUUCGUAAAGAUGGGCCAAGUCAUAUUUUCUACUCCUGUGUUUCUGUGCAGCAACCAACCAAGGAGCAGAUACCUGAGGCUAUGAACAACAAGAUUAAAACUGCUGUUUUCCCUGUGGAAUACACCCAGAAGGAAACACUGACAGUCACUGCAGUGGAAAUGCCAGUGUCAAAAGCAACAGAUUCACAGGAGCUACCAGACUGUGUGGGACCUGCUGGAAAGGCUCAGCUCCCAAACAAUCCUGACGUCCUCUAUACUGUGGUGGACCAUGUGCCACCAUUCCGGUGGAAGGAAUUUGUACGGCGCCUGGGGCUGAGUGACUAUGAAAUUGAGCAAAUCGAGAUGGAGCAGCGUCGUGUGCGGGAUGCUCACUAUGAGAUGCUGAAGCAGUGGAGGCUGAAGAAGGGCCGUGGUGCCACUGUGGAGUGCAUCAGCUGUGUCCUCAACCAGAUGGAGCUUAGUGGCUGCAGCGAGGCUAUCCAGGAGGCUCUACCCAGGCGGCCCUAGUUCCUCCCCUCCAAUCCCUGCCACCUGCAUAGGCCUAAUCCCUUUUUGCUUCAGUGCUUCUCUCUCCAGCUUGUUCCCUUCAGAGAAAAUCAACUUCCUUCCUUCUUUGUUUCUUGCCAUUCCUCCAUCUCUCUUUUUUACCCCCUAUGGUGGGUUUAUUGGGGUUGGCAGCAGAUUAUGGUGGAGAAAAGGAUUGCUUCUCAAUGAACCACAAAAUCAUAUAUACCUUUAAACCAGAAAAGAGUCCCAUAUCAGCUCUAAUAGGGUAGUGCAGGUUAUAGGACAAGCCAUAUGAACUCUGUGACCAAGAUGGGAAGGCCAGCUUGCCACGUAGAACUCAGCCUUCCAGCCCUGGGAAAGGAGUACUCAUGGGGACUGAGGAGCUGUGGCCCUGUUGGAAAUGGGAAGAAGUUACUGUCUGUUCGGGUGCUUGAGAAAGAAAUAAGGGGGCUGAUAGGUCAGGUGAGAUGGUUGGUGCUAUUUCUCUAGUUCUUUUCUGUAUGUAUGUUAGCAUUAACAAAAGCAUUUGCAUAUGUCUAUGCACAUGGACUGGAGUGAAUGGGCAAGUCUGUGUGGGUAUGUGAAUGACAGUGUAUGAAAACGUGCAGCAUGCCACAACACACGCCCAUCACUCUGUCUCUGCUUGCACACAGGUGAGGCAGGCAUGUGGGCAUAUCCGUCUGCAUGCCUGCCUUUGGGCAAUUUGCUGAAUCGAAUAGAAUGGCAAAUAUAACUGUAUAUAUAUUUUUGGACCUUUGAAUAAUUUCACACUACUUCCCGGUCUCUCUCCCAGGAUUGCCUGGGAUUGGGAGAUCUGGCUUAUUAUGGAAUAGUUACCACAUUUGGCUUUCAUUGUAAGGCUGUGAGCCUGGGUGGGGUGGGUGGACCUGAGGGCACAGAUUAUUGUCAUAUCUUGUGAAUGUGAAUUUUUUAGUCUGUUGCCUGCAGGAGGUUUUUUCUUAAUUUGUAAAUACACUAAGAAUUCUGAAAUAAAAUCCACAUUUGUAACUGUG